UCACACAUCCCAUCCCUCCUCUUCGCUUCCUAUAUAAACCCUGUCACUCUAUAUACCCAUAUCACAUACAUUCUUCUCUCUGUCUCUCUUAUAGCUUCGAAAGCCAAAGAAACCUCGAUCGACAUAAUUUCAUCGAUGCAGACCAUGUUCCUCAGAAGUACUAAGGUCACGUUCUUCGUUGUGCUCAUUUUGGUGAAUUCAGUUUACAUGGGGACAGAAGGCCGUCCGCUGAGUACUGCGGAGACAGGAAAGGCCGUGGCGGCCGGGGGUGACGUGGUCUUCUUUGAUUGGCUGGCCUUGGGAGGAAUCAAGAGCUCCGGUCCAAGUGACGGAGGGGCGGGUCACAAGUUCACAAACAGUGCCACACUUGGAGGCAUCAAGACCACUGGUCCCAGUGGCCCUGGCGUCGGACACUAGUCCUAUAAUUUCAGGACACAAAUAUUCAUAUUCAUGUUAUCAGAUCACUAGUUAAUUUAUUCCUUCAUUCCUUCAAUAUAAUAUAUACCACUUUGUUUA